CGGGGGGCGACACCGCACGGGAGCCCCGCGGGGCCGCCUUGGGACGCGGCUCUGACCGCUGGUCGCGUCCCCGGCGCCGCUCCCUUGAGCGACACCGCGCCGACCAGCUUGGAGCUGCGGGACGCCCCGUUUCUGACCCCGCCUGCUUCUCCGCCGCCUUCUCUCUGACCCCCCGGGCCCCCUCUCUGCCCCGCUGCUGUCGGGUCUCUGCACCGGCACCAGCGAGAAUCGCCGCCGGAAUUGCACCACGGGUCCCAUAACUGCGCUGCCGCCGUGGUCUCCGUGCCCCGCAGGCUGCCCCGGUAGGAGACCUUGGCCCAUAAAAGCUGUACCUCCCUGCCAGCCGUUCCUCGGUGUGGGACCCCGCUGAAAGUGCCAUCUCGCGGGUACGCUGACCCCCACGCCUCUGCAGCUUCCAACAUGCACGCUUCCUACUCCACAACCUGACGUGCCUGAGCCGCCAUGGAUCUGGUGCUGGACGUUGCGGACCGGCACCUCCUGACACCCUAUGUGUACCCUGCCGGCUGGCCCGAGCACGAGCCCUGCCGCCAGCUCCUCAGCCUCUUCGUCAUCACCAACCUGGGCGCGCUGGCCCUCUACCUGCUCUGCGCCACCCUCAGCUACUACUUCGUCUUUGACCAUGAACUCAUGAAGCAUCCCCAGUUCCUGGAGAACCAGGUGCGUCGGGAGAUCACCUUCGCGCUGCGCUCCCUCCCCUGGAUCAGCGUGCCCACCGUCGCCCUGUUCUUCGCCGAGGUGCGCGGCUACAGCAAGCUGUACGACAACAUCGAGGACUCCCCGUACGGUUGGUCGGGUGUCUUCCUCAGCAUGCUGUCCUUCCUCUUCUUCACUGACAUGGGCAUCUACUGGAUACACCGCGGGCUCCAUCACAGACUGUUCUACAAGCGCUUCCACAAGCCCCACCACCUCUGGAAGAUCGCUACUCCCUUCGCCAGCCACGCUUUCCACCCCGUCGACGGCUUCAUGCAGAGCCUGCCCUACCACGUCUACCCCUUCCUCUUCCCCCUGCACAAAAUCACCUAUUUGGGCCUUUACAUCUUCGUCAACGUCUGGACCAUCUCCAUUCACGACGGCGACUACCGUGUCCCACGCUUCCUGCGCCACAUCAUCAAUGGCUCAGCCCACCACACCGACCACCACUUGUACUUCGACUACAACUACGGGCAGUACUUCACCCUCUGGGACAAGAUUGGCGGCUCCUACAAGAGCCCCACGUCCUUCGAGGGAAAAGGUCCCCACGACUACAUGCGCAAGCUCCGAGAAAAAGGCGCCGGGACGCCCGACGGGCCCCCGGCCGCCAAAACCGAGUAGGGUUCCCCCUGGCCCGGUCGCUCUCGGGUAGAAGGUUCCCCAGCUGGAUCUCUUGCCUUUCCUGCCCGGCCUUGCAAGACGGGAUGAAGAGCCCCCGACCCCAAAAGUGCAGGGGGACGCUUGGUUGGUGCUCCCAAAAAGGUGGCAUCUGGCCUCGCCGCUUACUUACAAACUCUCUCUAUGCCUUGAGACCCGGCUCCCCCUUCCAGCCCCUUUGGAUCUCUGCAAAGCUCCCUGCCCCGCUUUGGUACUGUUCUAGUGCUUUACCCAAAAUAAAAACAACACAUGGCACAACAGGAACAAUACUGUGGUGCACACAAAAAGAGAAGUACUACGGCACAAAUAGAACAAUACUGUGGCACAAAUAGAACAAUAACGUGGCACAAAUAGAACAAUACUGUGGCACAAACAGAACUAUACUGUGGCACAAAUAGAACAAUAACGUGGCACGUAGCAUGGUCUCGGUUGGUCCGUGCUGCACGCCGUCCUUGCCGAUUCGCCAUCGAUGUCCUGGACUCCGUCGUGACCAGUCAAGUCUCGUUGAAUUGACAGGCUGACGAUGCCACUUUUUUUGUUUUGAUGCUGUAUUUCGUGAAAAGAAAACGCAACCUCCUACCUUGUGAUGACGGCGCGGGUCCUCCCGAUGGCUCCUUGACGCGCUCCCCGUCUUCCUCUUGCUGGGGGAUAGUGCUGACCGGAUGCUUCCCAUGAAUAAUCUGAAGGACAAAAAUGUACUUUGAGUCCCUCGGGUCCCUCUGGCUCCCCAUGAACUCUGGGAGGGAGGAAACAGGAGGUAGGGGAGCCCAAAGGCAAGGGGUGGGGGCUUCUCCUUGUUCAAGGAUUCGUGGCCGGCUUUCCCCUUUAACGUCCUGCUGGAACGCAGUUGCUCUGCCUUCGGGUCAGGAUCGCGUUCAAUAAAUCUCACUUGCCAACUUG